AUGAGUAUUAACUUCACUGCCCUUCAAACACACCCUGCAGCCCCUGCAGAAAACCCCAACCUACCACACCCUGCAGUCUAUACAGAAAACUCCGCCCCCACCACACCCUGCAGCCCCUGCAGAAAACCCCGCCCCCACCACACCCUGCAGUCUAUACAAAAAACUCCGCCCCCACCACACCCUGCAGCCCCUGCAGAAAACUCCACCCCAACCACACCCUGCAGUCUAUACAGAAAACUCCGCCCCCACCACACCCUGCAGUCUAUACAGAAAACUCCGCCCCCACCACACCCUGUAGUCUAUACAGAAAACUCCGCCCCAACCACACCCUGCAGCCCCUGCAGAAAACUCCACCCCAACCACACCCUGCAGUCUAUACAGAAAGCUCCGCCCCAACCACACCCUGUAGUCUAUACAGAAAACUCCGUCCCAACCACACCCUGCAGUCUAUACAGAAAACUCCGCCCCAACCACACCCUGCAGCCCCUGCAGAAAACUCCACCCCAACCACACCCUGUAGUCUAUACAGAAAACUCCACCCCAACCACACCCUGUAGUCUAUACAGAAAACUCUGCCCCAACCACACCCUGCAGCCCCUGCAGAAAACUCCGCCCCCACCACACCCUGCAGUCUAUACAGAAAACUCCGCCCCAACAACACCCUGUAGUCUAUACAGAAAACUCCGCCCCAACCACACCCUGCAGUCUAUACAGAAAACUCCGCCCCCACCACACCCUGUAGUCUAUACAGAAAACUCCGCCCCCACCACACCCUGUAGUCUAUACAGAAAACUCCGCCCCCACCACACCCUGCAGUCUAUACAGAAAACUCCACCCCAUCCACACCCUAAAAAUGAUCACAGUGACAUUUCUAUGCAGCAGUUCUGUGAAGGCCUGUUAGACUCAAACCAAAAACCUGACCCAUCUCCAGCAUCCACUGCUGCUCAGCGACUGCCUGCUGGGGUAGAGAUUUAG